AGAGCUCAUACCAUGGCGAACCACGAUUUUUGCACAAAAACCAUGUGGGCUCUUUCAGUUCCACUUGGUGUUUUACUAAUAUUGUUUAUUGCACUGACCGCUUAUGCAACUUACAGUUUUCACAUAUUUGUCCCAAUUGCACCAAACAAUGAAAUUGACUGUGCAAUUAUGUUCAACAAAAGUUCAGAAGAUUAUUUGACUUAUAUAGAGAAUCGAACAUUACUUGAGACUACGCAUAAUGAUAGGAACUGCUUCCAAAUUCGACGUCGUAGAUAUCUUCCUGCAGAUCUUCCUAAAUCAAUGUCGGGUUUUCAUAAUAUGUUCUUUAUUAGAGUUGUUUCAAAAGAUUAUGAUUUUGUGGAAGAAGUUCUGGCAAUGAUGCAUUCUCCAAUUCAUUUCUUCUGUUUCGUAUUGGACAUAAAUUCAGAGCCGUUAUUCAAAGAGAGGAUGUUCAGACUCGGUGAUUGUAUGGUGAAUGUUCUUGUUCCACGUGAACUGUUCAACACCUCCACAGCUCACGGAACUCUGAAUGCUCAUAGAAGGUGUCUACGGGAAAUUGAUGAAUUUGACUGGAAGCAUGCAGUUAUUACAGCUGAGCAUGACAUCCCACUUCACAGUACUAAAUUCUUAUCGAGAAGGUCUAGACGAUUAAGAGAUAUGGUUGAGAUGAAUGGAAUUCAUUUCAAAGAAGAAACGUUAGCAAACGCAAAUCCAAACGAUACUUCUAGUCAAUUAUUCCAAGUGUCUCGAAACUGGCUUCAACAUCUCUGCUCAGUGGCAACAAUUUCCCACUCUCAACACAAAGUUUUAUACGAUUAUCUUCUGAAAACUCCAGAUUUCGAUUUACCAAAUGAUCAGCAUCGAGAAAUUUCGGUUGUUGAACAGAAAUGUGAUACGAUGAAAUAUGAUGUUGAUGGAUCUUGUCUGUACGCGAUGGAGGAUUUUUCUGCGAUUAGAAACACUACCCGUCUCUUCAUUCGCGCCGAUCCCCACUACGACUUUGGUUUCGUACAAUGUGUUCAUGAAGUGGUCUUUGAACGAACCUUCUUCGACCCAAUUUCGAAUAAAAAUGCUAAUAAUUAUUUAUAUGGAUCUAGAGUCAACUUGAUUGAUGAUUACCGUAACUAGACUCGUUUUCACCUGAGAACUUUUUACUUUUACUCAUAGAACGUUCGGGUUCUUUUUGUUUUUCUUGUAUUUUAAUGCGGGUUUCUGAUGUUUUUUCGUGUAUUUUAUGAAUAUGUUGCAAUCAAAUAAACAUUUUAAUG